GCGGCCGCCGCCGCCCCCGCCGCCGGGGACAUGUCUAACCCCGGGGGCCGGAGGAACGGGCCCGUCAAGCUGCGCCUGACAGUACUCUGUGCAAAAAACUUGGUGAAAAAGGAUUUUUUCCGACUUCCUGAUCCAUUUGCUAAGGUGGUGGUUGAUGGAUCUGGGCAAUGCCAUUCUACAGAUACUGUGAAGAAUACACUUGAUCCAAAGUGGAAUCAGCAUUAUGACCUGUAUAUUGGAAAGUCUGAUUCAGUUACAAUCAGUGUAUGGAAUCACAAGAAGAUCCAUAAAAAACAAGGUGCUGGAUUUCUUGGUUGUGUUCGUCUUCUUUCCAAUGCCAUCAACCGCCUCAAAGACACUGGUUAUCAGAGGUUGGAUCUAUGCAAACUUGGGCCAAAUGACAAUGAUACAGUUAGAGGACAAAUAGUAGUAAGUCUUCAGUCCAGAGACCGAAUAGGCACAGGAGGACAAGUUGUGGACUGCAGUCGUUUGUUUGAUAAUGAUUUACCAGAUGGCUGGGAAGAAAGGCGAACUGCCUCUGGAAGAAUCCAGUACCUAAACCAUAUAACAAGAACUACACAAUGGGAACGCCCAACACGACCGGCAUCUGAAUAUUCUAGUCCUGGCAGACCUCUUAGCUGCUUUGUUGAUGAGAACACUCCAAUUAGUGGAACAAAUGGUGCAACAUGUGGACAGUCUUCAGAUCCCAGACUGGCAGAGAGGAGAGUCAGGUCACAACGACAUAGGAAUUACAUGAGCAGGACACAUUUACAUACUCCUCCAGACCUACCGGAAGGCUAUGAACAGAGGACAACACAACAAGGUCAGGUGUACUUCUUACAUACUCAGACUGGUGUGAGCACAUGGCAUGAUCCAAGAGUGCCCAGGGAUCUUAGCAACAUCAAUUGUGAAGAGCUUGGUCCGUUGCCUCCUGGAUGGGAGAUCCGGAAUACAGCAACAGGCAGAGUUUAUUUCGUUGACCAUAACAACAGAACAACACAGUUUACAGAUCCUCGGCUCUCUGCUAACUUGCAUUUAGUUUUAAAUCGGCAGAACCAAUUGAAAGACCAGCAGCAGCAGCAGGUGGUAUCGCUAUGCCCUGAUGACACGGAGUGUCUGACAGUCCCACGGUACAAGCGAGACCUGGUUCAGAAACUAAAGAUUUUGCGGCAAGAACUUUCCCAACAACAGCCUCAGGCUGGUCAUUGCCGCAUUGAGGUUUCUAGGGAAGAGAUUUUUGAGGAAUCAUAUCGGCAGGUCAUGAAAAUGAGACCAAAAGAUCUCUGGAAGCGAUUAAUGAUAAAAUUUCGUGGAGAAGAAGGCCUUGACUAUGGAGGGGUUGCCAGGGAGUGGUUAUAUCUCUUGUCACAUGAAAUGUUGAAUCCAUAUUACGGCCUCUUCCAGUAUUCAAGAGAUGAUAUCUAUACAUUGCAGAUCAAUCCUGAUUCUGCAGUUAAUCCGGAACAUUUAUCUUACUUCCACUUUGUUGGACGAAUAAUGGGAAUGGCUGUGUUUCAUGGACAUUAUAUUGAUGGUGGUUUCACGUUGCCUUUUUAUAAACAGUUGCUUGGAAAGUCCAUUACUUUGGAUGACAUGGAGUUAGUUGAUCCAGAUCUUCAUAACAGUUUAGUGUGGAUACUUGAGAAUGAUAUUACAGGUGUUUUGGACCAUACCUUCUGUGUUGAACAUAAUGCAUAUGGUGAAAUUAUUCAGCAUGAACUUAAGCCAAAUGGCAAGAGUAUCCCUGUUACUGAAGAAAAUAAAAAAGAGUAUGUCAGGCUCUAUGUGAACUGGAGAUUUUUACGAGGCAUUGAGGCACAGUUCCUGGCUCUGCAGAAAGGAUUUAAUGAAGUAAUUCCACAGCAUCUGCUGAAGACAUUUGAUGAGAAGGAGUUAGAGCUCAUUAUUUGUGGACUUGGAAAGAUAGAUGUUAAUGACUGGAAGGUAAACACCCGGUUAAAACACUGUACACCAGACAGCAAUGUUGUCAAGUGGUUCUGGAAAGCUGUGGAGUUUUUUGACGAGGAACGCCGAGCACGGCUCCUUCAGUUCGUGACAGGCUCAUCCCGAGUGCCUCUGCAGGGCUUCAAAGCUUUACAAGGUGCUGCAGGCCCACGACUCUUCACCAUACACCAGAUUGAUGCCUGCACUAAUAACCUGCCAAAAGCCCACACCUGCUUCAAUCGAAUAGACAUUCCGCCCUAUGAAAGCUAUGAAAAGUUAUAUGAAAAGCUGCUAACAGCCAUCGAAGAAACGUGUGGAUUUGCUGUGGAAUGACAACUUCAAGGAUUUACCCAGGACUUUAUUUAUACCCCUGACCGACAGCCUCUUUCAGCAGAGUUUCAAGGAAUGCUGAAAUACAGGAAAAUGCUCCCUCCCCCUUUAAAAAAAAUUUUAGGACACUGUGAGGGGAAAGGACAAUUUUGAAAUUCCUUUUCAAGGAAAAAAAGAGGUCUUUAUGCUUUGCCAUGAGGCCACAUUCAGCUGCUAUUUAAAAUUAAUAUCUUGAACCUAAAGAAUGCUGACUUUUCCUACAUUUCCAGAGUUAGGCAGUAUUCUACACUUAAAGACUACUACUAUUUUUAUAAAAGGUAAUCUAUCAGAUCGCUUCACAGAUUUCAAGUCUAUCAAACAUCAAGACAACUUCAGCAGUCGGUACAAGUCACAUUUCAUUUUAAUUGAAUACAUGAUUUUGAACAGCUCCUGUACUUGCUCUUUGUAAAAUAAAUUAAAUAAAAUUAUUUUGAAUUAUUC